AUGUCGAUCGCGGGCUACACGGCAUGCGCAGUGGCGGCCGACGCCGCUCUGCCAGACGACUGCUACCGCGUCCUGCUCACCGGCCACGGACCUCUACGGACCGGCAAAGAUAAUCACAGCUGGCUGACGGUCUUGCCGCUGCACAACACUAUAUUGACCGUCGACGAAGCUCUGCCUGCCGCCGCACCUCCCGCGCCUCCUCCGGCACCGCCACAAGAACUGAUGGACGUUGAUUCGCCCAGUCCGCUGCCAACAGAAGGCUCGCCGCCGCCGGCAAAUCCCGCUCCGCCGCCUCCGCCUCCCCAGCCCGAAUAUGUCCCGCCUCCUCCCGGACAGGGAAGCACCACGCCAGCGCCUAACGGCACGGGAACCGAAGAACGUCGCCCGCCGCCUACGCAUAUCCACCUGUCGACGAUCCUUCUUCCUGUGACGUACACCGCCGUAGAGGCGCACGUGCCGGGCUUGCACGCCCGUCCGCCCAUCGUCCCGCCGCACUCGACGAGUUGGUGGGAUGAAUCCGAGAACGCGGCCGAUGACGCUGCGUCAUUACCUCGACGGGCUGUACCUGGUGCUGGCAGGCCUUUAGCGCCGCCUCCCGAGGAUGGAUAUGAUCUCGUGCUCCAUGUCGGUCUGGCGGGCCGCGGUGGGUUGCGCGUCGAGAAGCUCGCACAUCGCGUCGGAUAUCGAUUGAAGGACGCAUCGGGAGAACGCGCACCGAUCGCCCCGCCUGCGCCUAAGAAGAAGAAGCAGGCCAAUAAGGUUGAUGGCGGUACCGGCGAGGGCGAAAGCAAGGCCAACGGAAAUGGUGCGGAGGGAAAUGGCGAGGAGGGCGAGGGCGAAGAGGAGGGUGCCGAAGAUGCCGCCGCGCACGCGACACAACCCAGCGCACACGACGUCCCGCCAGGCGUCGUCGUGCCAGCAUCACAUCAAGGCGCGCCAGGCGAGGCGGGAGAUGCCGAGGCGCCAGUCGAAGCUCCGCGCGAGCCGGUGCGCGGGUUCGGCGGCAAGGCAUAUGGAGACGAGAUGAACGAGUUUGAGACGGGCGUCGAUGUCGACAGGUUAUGCUUUGAUCUUAAGCGCUCAGGUCCGAUCGGCGAUGUCUACAAGAGCAUGGACUCUGGACACUACGUGCUGGACUACGCGUACUACUGCUCGCUGGCCGAGGCUAGGAGAACCGCGGGUCCUGCCGCACUCAUCGGCGCUAAUGCACCCCCGCCAAGCUCGAAUACAAUUGGUAUUCCCGGGCCCACUACGAUCAAGCUCACGAAGGUACUUGGCAUAACCGUCCCGCCGGCAGGAGCACCCUUCAGCACACUCGACCUCACCGAAGCGAUCAAGAAGAUAGUAAUCUGGUGUUCGCGCGAAGGCACUCGGGCCGCGCCGCGAUAG